AUGGCUCUCUUCAAGAUCACCGCCGGCUUUGUCGGUGCCAUCGGCCUCUUCAAAGCUGUCCAUGCCCAGCAGUUCCGCAAUGAGGAUCUCAUCCUCUGCGAUUGUGGAAUUGGAGACAACUCUGAUCAGCCAGAUUGGUCCACCUCUCGCCAGAUGAACUGGUACCAGGAUAUCAACUGGCCUAGUUCCGCCUACAAGUAUCCUGAAGCUCCCGACAUGGCUGUUGAAAUUCCUUUCAAGGAGGGCUGGUAUCCCUGGAUUCCCUCGGGCGCAACCGCCACUAUGCCCAACGGUGAUGUCUGGACCGCGUAUAUUGAAGACGGCACCCCUGAUGGCUUCAAGGCUGGAAGUGCAGUCACCACCAAGGAAGGUGGUCAAAUUCUCAACUGCUGGGCUUACCGUGGCCGUCCCGUCAGUGCCGCCCUCAACAAAACUGUCAAUCACGACGCCAUCUGCUGGAGUGCCUUUGUCUGCAAUCGUGACAACCACCCGCCUCCUCGCCCCGCGGAUAUGGGCUCCCAGACUUCGACGCUGACCACAUCUUCUGCGGCCCCCUCCACUACAUUCUUCUCUCAGCCACCCCAGACACCUGUCUCUACCCGGAGCAAUGGUGGCCAGCCCGUACCAACUUCCACUCCUCACACCGGCCAGCUUGCUGUCUAUUCCACUCUCAGUCCCCGAUUCAUCAACUGGCAAAACACUUGGGGAGCAUUCAUCAACAAUUUCGUUUGGGAUCAGACUACUGGCAAUUGUGUUGGUGGUCCCAUCAAAGGACAGGGUUACACCAUCAACGUUGAGUGUGCUGGAGUGAAGAUCGACGACGACACUCACAUGACACUCCUUCUCAUCAAGGCCCUCCGUGACGUCGGCCUCAAGAGUUUGUGGUUCAACCAGAAUCCUGUCAUCCCUGGAAUCAAUGGAACCAAUGUCACCUCCACCAGCUGGGUCGUCAUGCCAGAGGCUUUCACAAUCAGAGCUACAGACUUGUCAACCCGCAAGGUUGUCGGUUAUCUGUCAUACGCCACCAAGUAUGAUGGCUUCCUCAGCGGCCCAUGCUCAGCAUGUGAAACUGCCCGCUUCAACUCGGACUUCUUCAACCCCAUUAUUUCUGCCGUUCAGGGCAGCUAUCCGGUGUAUAACAACUUUACCAUCGAGGCUCAGUGUAGCCCCUGGAUGGCCUGCGCAUAA